ACUAAAUUUAACAAGCGCCAUUUUCUCCGUUCAAUCGGUUAACCGCCGGUGAGUGUUUCUGUGAGGAAGAAAGCAUGGCGUUGUUGAUGGAGAAAGGUGCAGAACCUCAAACUGAGAAAGAAUUAGCAGACCUUGAUGCUAUCGCUGCUCUCAAGGAGUCCGCUGCCAUUGAACUCAAAGAAGAAGGUAACAAGUAUGUCAAGAUGGGAAAGAAGCAUUACUCGGAGGCUAUCAACUGCUACACUCGAGCAAUAAAUCAAAAUGCCUUAAGUGACACUGAGACUUCAAUAAUCUUUUCUAACAGAGCACAUGUAAACUUACUCCUUGGAAAUUAUGGGCGAGCUCUUUCGGAUUCAGAGGAAGCCAUGAAGCUGUCUCCAACAAAUGUCAAGGCUUUUUAUAGAGCGGCCAAAGCAUCAUUAUCUCUGAAUAAGUUGGUUGAAGCAAAGACUUUUUGUGAAAACGGACUUGAUCAGAAUCCAGAUAACGAAGAAUUAAAGAAGCUACUAAAGCAAAUUGAUUCACAAAUAUCCGAACAUCAACAACACGAGGCUCAAGUUUCCAAAGCUCUGACAUCAGCUAAGGGCUUAGUGUCAGCAAUAGAAGACAGAGCAUUGAAUAUUGGAAAGGCAAUGUUUCAAGAAUUAACUGGAUUGAAAAAGCCGAUUUUGGAUAAAGAUCAUAUACUUCACUGGCCUGUUCUUCUUCUUUAUGCAGAAGUUAUGUCUAGCGAUUUCAUUGAGGACUUCUGCGAGACUGAUAUGUUUUCGGCUCAUCUUGACUUGAUGUUUUCAGACAGUUCUGCACCGUUGCCGUGGGAUAAAGAAAAUGCUUACACUCGUGAUGCUAUUGAGUUGUACUACGAGGCAGGAUCCGGGGUCCGUUUGUCGAAGAGGGAAAUUAUUAGCACUUUCUUACAGGGUACAGUUGCUUCCCAUCUCGAAUCUUUUGGUGAUGAUGAGAUAGAUGGGGUUAAAUCUUCUCCGAAAGGAAUCUCUUCAAUUGGAGAAGGUCGUUCCAAAUGGGUGAAAGUGAACGAAAGAAGAACCCUUCAUGCAGUUCUCAAAGAACCGAAUCUCAUUAUUCCUGGAAUUCCUGUGUUUUUUGUUGUUUCAAAGAGAAGCAGCUUCUAUAAAGAGUUCAAAUCUGGGAACUGGUCUCUUCCAUUCUGAAUCAAGUUGCAUCUAAUAAUGGCUUAUGGAAGAGAAGAGAGAAACAUUUGGUAGUGCGUUUCGUUAUGCAGUGAGACCAAGAUUGUCGAUUUACUGUAAUCCCGUAUUCAUUACAUGAACCCGAAACCCUAUACCGUGAACACUGCUAUGGCUUCUAGACGAGAAAAACAUUUGGAAGUGCGUUUUGCUAUCCGGUUAGGCUAAGAUUGUCGAUUUAUUGUAAUGUAUGUACAUUAAUAUCCAUUUAAAUCAACAAGUCUAGGUAGGUUAUGUUUA